AUGGGUGUCAAAAAUUAUUUUGAUAAAAUGUUUAUAUUAACCGAUUCUGGGGAAUUAUUGAAAUGGACAAUGUCGAUGAAAGAUUAUAAGGAUAUGUUUUUAGAUUCAUAUAUUUCAUUAAUUAAAGCUAGUGAAGGAAAAAUUGUUGUUGAUAAAGUCAUUAUGUGA